GAGAGAGAGAGAGAGAAGAGAGAGGGAGAGAGAGAGGAGAGAGAGAGAGAGAGAGGGAGGUAGAGAGAGAGGGAGGAUGCUGCCAGCGGAAAAUGGCUGCUGCAACCUCAAGCCUAUCCUGAUACACCGAAACGACAUCAAGGUGGAGAGAGAGAGAGAGAGAGAGGAAGAGAGAGAGAGAGAGAGAGAGGAAGAGAGAGAAAGAUUAGGAAAAUGAGAGCAGAUAGAGAGAGAAUGUGAGUGAGCCUGUGAGUGUUUCCUGAAAGGAGGAUAAAAAGAGAGAGAGAGAGGAGACCCUGGGGUGGGCUGCUGCAAGCGGCGGGCAACACCGAGCCAUGGAGGGCGAUGUGCGUGUUCGUGCAGUGGUGAUGACACGUGAUGACUCCAGUGGCGGUUGGGUGCCCCUUGGAGGUGGCGGCCUCAGUCAUGUGGUCAUAUGUAAAGGGCGGAGUCAUGACGGCAGGGGGCGGAGAGAAUACAUCGUACGCGGAGAGCGGCUGCGAGACCGAGCACCGGUGUUGGAGUGCACAGUGCAAAGGGGGUUAGUGUACAAUAAGGUGAACCCCAUCUUCCAUCACUGGCGAGUAGAAGAUCGAAAGUUUGGCCUUACGUUCCAGAGUCCUGCCGAUGCCAUCUCCUUUGAGAAAGGGCUGCAAGCUGUCAUAGACAAGCUCGACAGAGGCUCUGACUCGCCUUCGUCCUCCACGCCAGAAGAGGCCGACACCGAGGAUGAUGGACAAGCUUCUCAUACAGGAAGUGAGUCGUCAUCAAACAGCAGAAAGGAGAUGCUUCCCAAACCCAUCACCAUAGUGACAAGCGAGUCGUCGUCUACCUGCUUCGUACGGUCGGAAGAGUUUAGUUUUGGAUCCACCACUCAGACACCUGCUCAGAUCCACACCAGGCCGGGACAGAUUCAGCUCACACAAAUGACGGCUGUGUUGAAUCCGCCGACGCCCCCGCCCCCUCCUCCUGCUCCACCUAGUCCUCCUGCGGGUCAGGCGGCUUCAUCUCCUCUGUCCCCCCUCUCACCCACCAUUUCUCUGCUGGAGGAGGGAGACCUACGCAGCGUGGACCCUUGCAAGGACCUGUGGGGUUCUCGAGGUUAUGGGGACUACCGACGGGCGGGUGCCACUAGGACUAUGGUUGGGGGGCUGACCGGGGGUGUGGUUGUCAGUGCGGGAGGGAGUCUGCAGGACAAGUCAGAGCUGUGCGUGGUUCGCUUUGAGAAGGACUUGGCGGGAGUAGGGACGGCAGGCUGUGACGUGACAGUGAGCCUGGACAGUAAAGCCUCCCAGCGGCUGUCCUCGUCGUCGCCCACCUGUAUGUCCAUCCCCAACGCUGUGUCGGGCGUGUCCUCAGCUGCCGGCUCACCCCAAGAGACGUGCAAAGGCUCGCCCUCUCCCUGCUGCAUUCACACCUCAUUGGCCACGCCCCGGUCGCGGACUCGUAAGAGAGGAGGAGGGGCAAGCAGCGGUGGCGGCGGCGACCCGGGGGUAAUCUCCCCCGACGACGACAGCCCCUGUCCUCAGGGUUCAACGUCAUGCUCAUCACGCUGUGUGUACUGCCGCUCUGUUUUCAGCACUUCGGAGAACGGGCGGGGCCGCUGCAGAGACGCCCCGGACCCGGCCCUGCACUGCCUGCGCCAGUGGACCUGUGUGUGGUGCGCAGAGAGUCUGCUCUACCACUGCAUGUCGGACUCUGAGGGAGAGUUCUGGGAGCCUUGCUCGUGUGAAGACUCGCUGGGGGGCCACCCGCACCCCCUUUGCUGUGCCCGCUGGUUGGCCCUCCUGGCCCUGUCGCUCUUCGUGCCCUGCAUGUGCUGCUACCUGCCUUUGCGCGCCUGCCUGCGGUGUGGGGAGAGGUGUGGCUGCUGUGGGGGAAAGCACAAGGCGGUCCGAUGAAGCCAGGCUAGGGGGUGGGAGUGGCUCCCUGGACCGAGGAGGUCUGGGUGGCGAGAGGAGAGAGCAUCUGUAGGGGACGCAGGAGGCGGAGCUUAGCGGGUGGAAUGGUGCUCUCGGUAGACCCCAGACCUCUGACGUGGCCCUCCAAAGCCCCACGGCCUUCCACUUGCAUUCCGCUCUUUCUCUUUUCAACCUGGGGCCUUCCUCACUGGUCCUCGCCUGCUGAGGGUGCACUGCACUCAGACCAGGCUCUGUGGGAGUCAUCUGGAGCCUUCAUAGUGGAUUUACUGAGGGUUGGCUGAUCUAGAAUUAGCGGUCAGAGACUUUAUUACAGCAAGAGAGUGGCAGAGGCAACGAUGAUGUGUACACUGUUUCAAAUGUCUGUUUGUUUUUUUUUAUUAAGAAAGAAAAACACAAAAAACUAAAGAUGUUUAUAUAUAU